AUGUGUGAGCGCAGUCUCUACAGAGCGGGCUAUGUGGGCUCGCUUCUGAAUCUGCCGGCACCCGACUCCUUCUACUUCUCCAACCUGCGGCCGAAUGGCGGCCAGUUGGCCGCGCUGCCCCCCAUCUCCUACCCUCGCGGCGCGCUGCCCUGGGCCGCCACACCCGCCUCCUGCGCCCCUGCGCAGCCUGCGGGCUCCACGGCCUUCGCCAGUUUCUCCCAGCCCUACCUGGCCGGCCCCGGGGCUCUGGGCCUGCAGCCCCUGGGCGCCAAGGACGGGCCAGAAGAGCAGGCCAAGUUUUACGCACCCGACUCGGCCGCCGGACCCGAAGAGCGUGGCCGAGCGCGACCGCCCUUCACCCCCGAGGCUGCGCUGGCCCCAGGGGCCUCCGCACUCAAAGCAGCCAAGUAUGAGUACGCGGGUGCGGGCCGCGCAGCGCGGGCCUCUGCGGCUCUGCUCGAGGGGACCCCCUGCGCCGCCGGCUUCAAAGACGACGCCAAAAGCCUGCUCAACUUGAACAUGACAGUGCAGGCGGCGGGCGUCGCCGCCUGCCUGCGACCUUCGCUGUCCGACGGCCUGCCGUGGGGGGCGGCCCCGGGGAGGGCCCGCAAGAAGAGGAAACCCUACACCAAGCAGCAGAUCGCGGAGCUGGAGAACGAAUUCCUCCUCAACGAAUUCAUCAACCGGCAGAAGCGCAAGGAAUUGUCCAGCAGGCUGAACCUCAGCGACCAGCAGGUCAAGAUCUGGUUCCAGAACCGGCGGAUGAAGAAGAAGCGGGUGGUGCUGCGCGAGCAGGCGCUGGCGCUCUACUAG